AUGGCUUCGGCGGCUUUCCGAUGUCAUGUUCAGAUUGCACUCUUCAUCAUAAUUGCUAUCAAUCUCAUCUUUGCCAAUGGAAGCAACGAUGGCUUGCAGCAUAUCCUGCAGCCUCAAGAGGCUUCUCCUGAGAUUAUCACAGGCCAAUACGAUCCUGCUCGAAUCAGCAUCCACAACACUACUGGCCACGUAUCAUGGGAAUGGACAAAGGUCGACUUCGUUAAUCAAGACAUACCAAAGAAGCUCAAUCAGUGUCUACAAAAUGGAGGCUCCAUGACAGAUGUCAAAUGGGCGAACCACGGUAGAAGCGUCGUGGCGGUCUUUGCGUAUGCAGUCGUCGUCAUCAACCAUUGUCCCGAUGAGCCAUCUAAGAACAAGGCUAUAACCUUUGGCAUGUGUUUGGAUCAUUUCGGUCUGGGAGGAACUCACGGCAUUGAGCCCCUACCCGAUGGGAAGCUCGCUAUAGCAACAACUUCCUAUGAAGCAACAGGAAACAUCAAGAUCGUCAACACGUCCUUGGGUACGUCAAAUCCAUAUCCAGGCUUUCUCCAAGAGCUUGAUGGCAUUCCUGCCGUGCAUAGCCUUGUAUGGGACCAAGUAACGGAAAGUCUUUGGGCCAUCGGGAAUGACCUCCCUCCUCAAGGGAAAUGCCCUUCAACAGCUCUUCUGAACCGCUAUGAGUAUAGAGACGGUUCGUUUUCUCGAAAGCCCUCUCAAGUCGAGCCUCUUAGUCCUCCCAAACAGCUUAACGAGGAAUGGGACGAUUCAUGGUGGGAUGGAGGACAUGAUAUAACGCCUGUGCCUGGACAACGACACCUCCUCAUCUCUACAGAUCUGGACCUUCACCUCUUCAAUCUGACUUCUGCCUCAUUUCUACAUGGAGAAGGAGUGUUGAAGCAGCCAUUCAUGCAUGGAUUCAAGCCAGUUUACUCUCAUGAGAAGAAUCUGCCUCGGGCUGAUGUCAAGUCAUUGAGCUUGCACAAGAGCUCUGGCACGCUUUAUGUACAGGCUGAUUGGAAAGGCUACUUCUCAACUCAUGUCAAUCAUCUUACAGUCGGAGCGAAGGCUCCAAGAAACAUCUCAUUCUCCCAAUCGGUGUAUCGGUCUCGUUGGUUUUCACCCGUUGCUGGAUGGUCCGUUGAGUAG